CCACUGUCCCAGGUACCUUCUGCGUUUCUUUCUAGUGUCCUACUCUUGUGAGCAGAAUCGCCGUCCAGUAUGGAAACGACCCGGCUCUUGAAGCAGCACAGGGCGGAGCCGGCUGAUGUCCGGCCCAUGCGGUACUGGCAUCUCUGGCGAGCCCUGGAUACCACAGCCAAGGCCUUCGCUACUGGCACCCUAGUAAACUACCUCGACGCCCCCGACGCGAUACCCAUCGUGUCCAGCGUGCGCAGGUGGCUGUUCCGGCUUACGGUGUUCGCAAGCGGCAUCUACCAGCAGCACAUGCUCACCAUCGGCGGCGGGACUGCGUUCUUGCUCUACGGGAAUCCAAACGAAACUGGGAGGUCGCCGUGGUGGGCGCGCUUCUUCAUACCUCUCUUCCAAGGUUCCAAGUCGCCGGAGUACAUCAAGAGAAAACAGGAGUACAACGACGCGUUGCACCCGCAGGUCAAGGAGGCCCUGGGCGCGUCGGUCGACGAGAUGUACGAGAUCCAGGCGCUCGCGACCGCCCCCAGCGCACAGCGCCGCGGCUACGCCCGACAGCUCGUCAAGACCGUGACGGACAUGGCCGAUGCGGAGGGGCGCGACACCUGGGUCGUCACCUCUGACGGCAGUGCGUUCUACGAGGCGCAGGGCUUCGACCUCCUGCGUGUGGUCACGGUGGGCACGGACAACCCGACUUAUCAUGGGGAACCGGUGAAGGUGCACCUGAUGCGGAGGACUGCGAAGGCACCGGUAUUGGAGGAUAUUCCUUCGGCGGGCACUAGUGAAGCUGUUGCUUGAGGACAUGAACGUGAGGUCGUUGCGAACGAAACUGGGAUCGAGCCCUAAAACGCGCUUUCGAUGUAUGCGCACAGUCUCGUGAUAAAACGGAAUGAGGAUCAAAAGCUUGGAUAUGUGGGUUUUAGUAGGCG